CGAUUCAUAAAGACGGAUGUAAUGUCAAGGGCUACACAGCUUGGUCACUCAUGGACAACUUCGAAUGGGCUCGUGGUUACACGGAAAAAUUUGGCAUCCACUACGUGGACUUCAAUGACCCGAAACGUCCGAGAACCUUGAAAGCAUCUGGUCAUUAUCUCAAGGCUCUUUUCUUGAGGAACGGAUUUCCGAGUGUUCGGUGUCCUUUGGAUGAAUGAUCGGAAUUGACGGCAUGAUUUCAUUUCUAAUGGGAACAGAAUUUUUGACAAUAUACCCAUAUGCGCUCCUUGACCACUUGAAAUUUCCACUGAUUUCUCAAUUCUGCUGAACGUGAAUAUGCUAUAUUUUAAUAAAACUUCGGAUCAUCUUUAUA